ACAACUCUCUGUAAAAUGCGUAAAAUCACCUCGUACUAUUGUCUGUACUGUAGACAGUAGUCACUAUAUAAAAGUGUAAAGCAAAGUAAAUCAGCAUAAUAUCAGAUGUAAAUGGAUCCCGGAGAGCAUGACCCCGAGCCUGUAUUGCGGAGACGUGUCGAGUUUCCUGAAGAAUUCAAGGAGCAAAUCCGUCAAGUUAUAAUCGAGGAGGAGAGCAAAGCGAAACGGCCGAAAUCGUAUGUGCUGGCAUUUCUGGAGGCCGGUGUGUGGGUGGCCAUAGCAUCUCUGAUCAUCAUCUACACCGAUUUCUUUGAGGAGGUGCAGACAAGUCCCUACAUAAAUAGAUUCUACUUCAACCUGGGUCUCUUCUUUAUCAGUGCGUUUUCGGCCAUUGGUGCGUAUGCCAUCGUGUGGCUGUCAUGGAUCAAAGGUGACGAGAACUGGGAGCGAGUUCCCUCGCUGCUAUUCCCGACUGCUGCCUUCUGCAUAUUGGCUGGAUUAAUAUGUACCACCAUUGGCCUAUGGUCUCUCUGGUCAUGGCUUUCACCGUUCAUCGUCUUCUUCGUCAUGAUGGGAUUCUGCAUGCCAUUGUCAGUUGUAUAACAACCCCUGCUGCCAUCUACAGUUCAAUAUUGCCAGAUGUCCGGAGUGCCAACUCAGGACUGGAAUAGCUGCAUAAUUAUGAGGCAAAGUUCAUAAAAGUAUAAUUCUAUUGAUCCUCAUGAAACUCUGUCCUAUAACCUGGAUUCAAACCAUGCCCCAUGUACUUGGUACAUGUAACUAUGUUUGGCCUUAUCUUCGAGACCAUAAAUCACUGUCAUCAUCAAACUCAUCACCUAAGAAAACAAAAAAAUGUCAUAUUCUACACUUCCUGUGUACUCGCUUCGUUCUACUCCCCUGCGAGUUGAUGGAGUGUUAUGUAUUGUGUUUGUGUUUAGUUUGACCGACGCUUUAGCCAAUUUGAAUUAUUAGAAGUUUUUUAUUAGUUUUUCAAUACAUUCCGGUUCGCUUUUUAAGUGUACAAGUGUGCAAACCAGAAUGCUACCUAUAUUGUAAAAAAUGUACUCAAAGUAUCUCCUUUAAGUUUAACACGCAUAAGUGCAUGCAGGCAACAUGAAGCUCUGUCAUGCGCGAACAGGCCAACUGGCAGCGGUUUAUUUUUGCAUGCAGGCAGCUGUGCAUCAUGGCAGUGAAUUAACAAUGUUGAAAUAGUUUCAGAACAUGA